AGACGCACCAACACUCAGACGCAACAACCACAUAAUAUCAAGACCGAUCGACAUUAAAACCGCCUAAAUUUGAAAUAAAAAGUGUUUUCAUUUGAAGCUUAAGAUGCACGCGUUAUUUCAGUCUGCCUCGUUUAUAACAGAAGUUAAGAGGUCUUCGCGAAGUCGACAAAUGCAAGGACAUCAUUUGUCUCGCGUCAAAAGGCACAAGAGAACGAACGAGAUUUAUGAUUUUAUGGACAGUUACAAAGACUCAGCCAGUAUGUUUAUGUCACGGAGGAAGGUGACCCCGAAAGAAUUGGAUUUCUAUCUGUAUGGAAGAACUGACGUAUCGCCUGUUAAACUGGAAGACGGCAGUUCAGAAAACGAAACACAACAGCAGCAAAGUAUUGUUAAAAAAAUCCCAAAUUACUCAGAAAAAAGCGUCGACAUUCUUCAACUGCGCUAUAAACCCGGGGUGGAGAAAGAAUUUCGCUCGAGCGAAGAGUUUAAUAAAGUCUUAGCUGCAAUCAAAUGCAUCCCAGCUCAACUUUAUCUCUGCUACUCCAGCAUUCCUGGGACGGGAUUUGGUAUUUGUGCCACAGAGGUUGUUCCAUCAGGAACAUGGAUCGGGCCGUACGAAGGCAGACGCGUAACUAUUAAAGAGAUUGGGUCAAUGCUAGACACACGUUAUGUCUGGGAGAUUUACAAAAACGGCGUGCUGGACCAUGGUAUAGAUGGUUUAGGGGCACAAGGGGAUUCCACGUGGUGUUGGAUGAAAUAUAUUCAGUGCGCGAGGAACAUUUCGGAACAAAACACGGUUGCAUUUCAGUUUGGAGCCGAUAUCUAUUAUCAGACAUACAAAACGAUUCAACCUGGUGAAGAGGUGUUGGUUUGGUAUGCCGAAUAUUACGAGCAGCAUCAUGGGAUACCCGUCGGGGUACGAAAAAUCACAAAGAAGAAGAGUCCUUUGGAAACAGAAACAGCGACGACGGAGAUAUUAAAAAGAGCACAGAGAAAUAUUAGUGAUAUAAAACCAUCGACGAGUCUAGCAAGUUCCUGUUUAGGAAAACCACAAACCCCUCACCCGACACCAAGUAACCAUCCUCCAUCCCAACUGAGGCAACAUCAAGACAAGGUCUCGGCACCCCCACCUACACCCAUACAAAAGCCGACACAGCUAACACACCCACCGAAACCUCAAAGUGAGUGUUCCCCCCAACGUGAAUGUCCGUCUACCUCCCCCUGUUACCUCCAAGGGAAAAAAGUCCCCAACUCUGGCACGGUCGAUAAAAGCUCCGGCAUAUCCCAGGAGAAAUUGGCCCUAGCGACUGAGUACUCUGAGAAUACAUUGCGCAUUUUCAAAACUCGAUUCUGGAAGUGUGAACACUGCUCGUUGGAGUUUCCUCAAAAGUGGGCGUUGCAGGUUCAUCGCUGCCCGUGCGUGAUAGCCAAGCCAUUUUUAUGCAGUAACUGCGAAAAGGCCUUCCUCAGCACGGACGAGCUACAGGCGCAUGCGCAACGGUGUGGCGGUGGCAGACAAUAUAAAUGUGCUUACUGCGGGCGCAGUUUCUUAAACGUGAAUAUUUUGACUAAGCAUCUUAAAGCACAUCGGAGAGGUUUGGCCAAAGGUGCAAGAAAAAAGCAUCUUGUGCCUAUUUAUAAGAAGAAUUUAUAAGUGUUUCGGCUCAAUGUCGCUUCAGUUUGCGCAACUUCGCUGCACGCGCGCAUUGCUUUUAUUUAAUGUAUUUAAAAAAGAUUACAUUAUAUACGUUAGAUUUUACACACAAUAUAACAACAAUAAUCCGAAGACAUCAAAGAAUGGACAUUGUAUAUAGUACAAAUUUAUGAAGUUGUGGUAUAUUCAUGAAAAAAUCAUUCGAGACAUUGAAGAAAAAUGCACAGACAGUUAGAACACAAAUAAAUAACACCCCAUAUAUCCCGCUAGUGGACCAACGCACAGAAUGACCACACAGCCGUCAUCUAGCAUGCAGUAUUCAGCUAGCCUUUUACAAGGACUUAAUUUCUCGGGACUUUUGUAAAUAUGGAAAAAUACAUACUCUGAAUAACUUGAUAAAGGGUAUUCGUUAGUUUGUUACCAUCUGACUGAAUAACAAUGAAAUUGCUCGUCUGCACGAUGCUGGAUUGCUAUCGAAAGAGGUGAAAUUUUGUAAGUAAAAAAAAAC